AUGGCGCACGCUGGCGGCGGCGGUCCCGGGGGCCGGGGGCUGAGCGGCGCCCGCUGGGGUCGCUCCGGCUCCGCGGGCCACGAGAAGCUGCCGGUGCAUGUGGAGGAUGCCCUCACCUACCUGGACCAGGUGAAGAUCCGUUUUGGCAGCGACCCCGCCACCUACAAUGGUUUCUUGGAGAUCAUGAAGGAGUUCAAAAGCCAGAGCAUUGACACCCCUGGAGUCAUUCGACGCGUUUCGCAGCUCUUUCAUGAGCACCCUGACCUCAUUGUUGGAUUCAACGCUUUCCUCCCCCUUGGGUACAGAAUUGACAUUCCCAAGAAUGGCAAGUUAAACAUCCAGUCGCCUCUGUCAAACCAGGAGAAUUCGCACAACCACAGCGACUGUGCCGAUAGCCUCAAGCAGCAGAUACCAUACAAGGAGGACAAGCCUCAGGUGCCCUUGGAGUCGGAUUCUGUGGAAUUCAACAAUGCCAUCAGCUAUGUGAACAAGAUUAAGACACGUUUUCUAGACCACCCAGAAAUCUAUAGAUCAUUUUUGGAGAUACUGCACACAUACCAGAAGGAGCAGCUAAGCACGAAGGGCCGGCCCUUCCGAGGCAUGUCUGAAGAGGAGGUAUUCACUGAGGUUGCCAACCUCUUCCGGGGUCAGGAAGACCUGCUUUCCGAGUUUGGACAGUUCCUGCCUGAGGCCAAGCGGUCCCUGUUCACAGGAAAUGGGCCAUGCGAAAUGAACAGUGUCCAGAAGAGUGAACAUGAGAAGAAUCUGGAACACAGCAAAAAGCGCUCUCGGCCCUCUCUCCUGCGUCCUGUGUCUGCACCUGCCAAGAAGAAAAUGAAACUCCGUGGUACCAAAGACCUGUCCAUCGCCACUGUGGGCAAGUACGGGACCCUGCAGGAGUUCUCCUUCUUUGACAAGGUACGCAGGGUGCUGAAGAGCCAGGAGGUCUAUGAGAACUUCCUCCGCUGCAUCGCGCUCUUCAACCGGGAGCUCGUGUCUGGCUCUGAGCUCCUGCAGCUCGUCAGCCCAUUUUUGGGGAAAUUUCCAGAACUCUUUGCACAGUUUAAGUCCUUCCUGGGUGUGAAAGAACUGUCAUUUGCCCCACCCAUGAGUGAUAGAUCUGGGGAUGGAAUAAGCCGGGAAAUUGACUACGCAUCGUGUAAGCGCAUUGGAUCCAGUUACCGAGCACUUCCCAAAACCUACCAGCAGCCCAAGUGCAGCGGAAGGACAGCCAUCUGCAAGGAGGUGCUGAAUGACACCUGGGUCUCCUUCCCCUCCUGGUCAGAGGACUCCACCUUUGUCAGCUCCAAGAAGACACCCUAUGAGGAGCAGCUGCACCGCUGUGAGGACGAACGAUUUGAGUUAGAUGUUGUCCUGGAGACCAACCUGGCCACCAUCCGGGUGCUGGAGAGUGUGCAGAAGAAGUUGUCUCGGAUGGCGCCUGAGGACCAAGAGAAGUUCCGACUGGAUGACUGUCUGGGUGGCACAUCGGAGGUGAUCCAGCGCCGUGCCAUUCACCGCAUCUAUGGUGACAAAGCCCCAGAGAUCAUCGAGAGCCUCAAGAAGAACCCUGUCACUGCUGUGCCUGUCGUUCUGAAAAGGCUGAAAGCCAAGGAGGAGGAGUGGCGGGAGGCGCAGCAGGGCUUCAACAAGAUCUGGCGGGAGCAGUAUGAAAAGGCAUACCUAAAGUCCCUGGACCACCAGGCCGUGAAUUUCAAGCAGAAUGACACCAAGGCCCUUCGUUCCAAAAGCUUGCUCAAUGAGAUCGAGAGUGUCUAUGAUGAGCACCAGGAACAGCACUCAGAGGGCCGCAGUGCCCCCUCCAGUGAGCCGCACCUCAUCUUUGUGUAUGAAGACAGGCAGAUCCUGGAAGAUGCAGCUGCCCUCAUCAGCUACUACGUGAAGCGACAGCCGGCCAUCCAGAAGGAGGACCAGGGAGCCAUCCACCAGCUGCUGCAUCAGUUCCUGCCCAGCCUCUUCUUCUCACAGCAGCUGGACCUGGGUGCAUCAGAGGACUCUGCUGAUGAAGGCCGGGGCAGCCCUCAGGGGCAGAAUGCAGACCUUGGUGACCGGAAGAAACCGGCACCUGAGCAGCAGGGCAGCUCCCCGGAGGAGAAAGGAGCUCCAGGGGAGGCGCCAGCUGCCGAGCAGCCAUCACCACUGCAUAAGCCGCUGGAUGAUGUCUACAGCCUCUUCUUCGCCAACAACAACUGGUACUUCUUCCUGCGCCUGCACCAGACCCUGUGUUCCAGGCUCCUGAAAAUCUACCGUCAGGCACAGAAGCAGCUUCUGGAGUACCGCGCUGAGAAGGAGCGUGAGAAGCUGCUGUGUGAGGGCCGCCGUGAGAAGGGCAGCGACCCCGCCAUGGAGCUGCGGCUGAAGCAGCCCAGUGAGGUGGAGCUGGAGGAGUACUACCCGGCCUUCCUGGACAUGGUGCGGAGCCUGCUGGAGGGCGGGAUUGACCCCACACAGUAUGAGGACACCCUGCGAGAGAUGUUUACCAUCCAUGCCUACGUGGGCUUCACCAUGGACAAGCUGGUGCAGAGCAUCGCCCGGCAGCUGCACCACCUGGUGAGCGAUGACGUCUGUCUGAAGGUGGUAGAGCUCUACAUGAAUGAAAAGAAACGGGGGGCUGCAGGUGGGAACCUGUCCUCACGCUGUGUCCGUGCCACCAGGGAGACCAGUUACCAGUGGAAGGCUGAGCGGUGCAUGGCGGAUGAGAACUGCUUCAAGGUGAUGUUCCUCCAGCGCAAAGGGCAGGUGAUCAUGACCAUUGAACUUCUGGACACCGAGGAAGCACAGACAGAAGACCCCGUGGAGGUCCAGCACCUGGCUCGCUAUGUGGAACAGUAUGUGGGGACUGAGGGUGCAUCCAGCUCGCCCACUGAGGGCUUCCUCCUGAAGCCUGUGUUCCUGCAGAGGAACCUCAAGAAGUUCCGAAGGUGGCAGUGUGAGCAGGUGCGGGCCUUACGGGGGGAGGCCAAGAGCUCCUGGAAGCGGCUGGUUGGGGUGGAGAGCGCCUGCAAUGUGGACUGCCGCUUCAAGCUCAGCUCCCACAAGAUGAUGUUCAUCGUGAACUCUGAGGACUACAUGUACCGCCGUGGGACCCUCUGCCGCGCCAAACAGGUGCAGCCCCUGGUCCUGCUGCGGCACCACCGGCACUUUGAGGAAUGGCACGGCCGCUGGCUGGAGCACAACGUGACAGUGGAAGCAGCCAGCCUGGUGCAGGACUGGCUGAUGGGUGAGGAGGAUGAGGACAUGCUGCCCUGCAAGACACUGUGUGAGACAGCGCAUGUGCACGGCCUGCCGGUCACCCGCUAUCGCGUGCAGUACAGCCGCCGCCCCGCCUCGCCCUGACACUCCAUGGCACCACCUCAAGGUUCGGCCUGAGUAUAUAUCAGGCGUCUCCAUGAACAACCUGCAGGAGGAGAGGAUUCCCAGCCUUGCUGCUGGGCUGCAGCCUCCAGAAACGGGGAGGGGCAUGCUGGCCUCCAUCCUAUGCUGUCUUCCCCUCAGCUUGCAGAUGUGCCAAACCUGAACCCUGCACUUGAAUUCUGGGGACUCUGUCCCCACUGUAAGUGGGAGGAUCAACACGGGGCUGCGGAGCAGGGAUUGCAUUCAUGUCCCUGACUGGCCCUUCAUAUGUGCCAAAUCCCUAGGCAGGGUUACCGGUCCUUCUGUGCAUACGGUUUCUAGAAAAGUCAGUGACAAGCCAUUCAAGGGCACUCAUGGGGGGUUGGGGGUGGGGUGGGGCAGUUAUCAGUGUUCAAGAGACCCCCAUCAUGGAAGGAGUCGACUCAGUUGGGCCUGCUUGAAAAACAUGUCCUUUCCAAGUGGUUCUGAGAGCUUCUGGAAUUAUCACCUGCAUCUGACCGUUUGGGCAUUGACUUGGCCCAGCUGACCCUGGGGGUCCUUAGUCACUUUAAGGCCUGAGAAGCCCUUCCAUCCAAACUGUUGGGAUUUCACUUUUACAUCAAGACAUGGAGUGGGCUGGGGACACCAGAACUGCCUGGAAGAUCCCACUCUGGGAUAAAGAAAGGCCAAACCCCACAUUGAUUCUACAGUCAGACUUGGGGUUAUUAGGACAUGAUCUCCACCAGAUGUUCCUACCAAGCUCAUGGGCCCCACACUGGAGGACCCUGGAUAUUCUAUAAACAUAUAUGCACACACAUAUUUAUUCCUUCUCACUCCCUUAGUGGUUGUAACUUUGCAACAGCCAGGUCUCGCAGCUUCUUUGGGUGAAAGUCCCUUUCACGGAACUCCGCAUGUCACCCUUAUAUCCAGGUCCCAUAGCUGCCACCGGGAGAGGUGUGGCAUGAGGGACUCACAGUCAGUCUCCUGCAGAGGCAUCGAAGGCUGCUGUGCCACUGCCACCAACCUGUACCAUGAAACCUCUGGUCAGACCCCUGGCUCAGAGAGGUGACCCACGACUGUGAGCCUGGAACAGCCCCGUGCAGCCCUCAUCCUGAGAGCCAGCAAGUGGAGACAUUUCUAGAAGUUACCUGUGGGACUCAAGGUUGGUGAAACCUUGACUCUUAGGUCUGGGCAAUUCCGGGCCAGUCUGUCCCACUAGGGUCUCCUGCCUGUGUUUCCUCAAGUGUAGCCCAGGCACUUUGGGCAUCUUUGUUUUGUAAGAAGGGGAUUCUUGUGCGGAUCCUGCACCAGACCCUUGGCAGCCUGCCUCCUGGGGACCCCCUGUCUGUGCCUCAAAUGGACUGGAUGUGAUCAGAUCCCACAAAGUCCCCAGCUAUCCAACCCCAUCCUCCCCCUCUCCCCCCCCCAGCAUGCUUCUAGGGAGCGCCUCUCAUUUUUUGAAGAAUUUCUGUUCCAGGCCUUGUACUUCCUUUGCAGCUGUUUUGAAUGUAGUUUUCCUUUUCUAUUUAUUUGCACAUUAAACUGAAAAGGUGAAUAUUGAUGUAAAGCUGAAAAGGUAAAUAUUGAUGUAAAGCUGUGAGGUUCCCGCAGUCGUUUCCUUAAGGCAGUUUCUCCCAGCCAGGUUGGGGGGUUAACUCUGCAUGUGCACUAGCAGUUGCCACACCCCACCUGCAGAGCCUCGCAGCUUCACUGCACAUGUGCUUGGGUUCCUGGUCCCAUGGAGGCAUUGUUCCACCCAGAGAAUGUCUCGGAUAUUCAUUCCCAGCUCAGUUUUAGUUUUCAGUGAAAAUAGGAGGUGUCUUCUUCAAGUAUCAUUUUGCACAAAACCCAGUUAAUACUGUGGUGUUUGCUCUGAGCUUUCUCAACUUCUGUGUGUCCAACCACGCCAGCACAGGAUCUCCUAGCCCCACAAUACCACUCUCCCAGCUCUCUGGCCUCCCCUCCUGGCAGGGACCACCACCGUUUCCUCUCACCCUCUGAGUCUGUGCCAUCACUGUCACCUGAGCUUCAGAGCUCUCCACCAGGCCCUGCCUUUCAGUUGCCUCCCGGGAAGUUCUCUGGAGCCCACCUCCCUCCAGAGAAGGGUGCUUUUGGGCACUUGGUGAGCAGGCUUGUGCUGCCUCAGAGUUUUUACUGGGCCUACAUCAGGGUGCACAGGGCCCCCUCCAUACCCACAGCCAGGCCUGCCUUUGUCAGCAGCACUGAGAUGGGAAGGCUAGGGUGCUCCUGGGAAGGGUGCUGGGGUCUAGGAGUCUUAGUGGCCACAGUGAUGUGCAGAAUUCUGAGAUGGCCAUGGAGUCCCAC